CAAACACAUGUCGAAGCAUAGUCAGAGCACUCAGACUCUCUAAAGGAAUGAAAUUAUGUUUGAGCGCGACUGUAAGGCAAAAGAUACAGAGAGACGCGCUUUGAAAGCUAUUUCAGAAAACGCUGUUUUGUGCGGAGCUGUCCAAGGUGGGGUAGGAUGAUGGAAUGAAGCACCUGUUGCUAUGCAUAUGUCUACAAGAGAUAACGAGGAUGCAUUUAAUCCAUCUCGAAUUGGAAUACUGUCACCAAAAGUUAGAAAUGGAUUGGCAACUAUGAUACCUUUUGAUUUUGUAAGCUACUUAGGACCUAGGUGUUUUUUUAUGUUACAAGUGGGCACUUUUUAACCGAAAUGUAUAACUGCGGUCAAUCUCUUCACGGCUGGGUGACACUUAUGAGCAAAAUGCAUGUUAUGGAAUGUGAUGUUUAGAUGGUAGCUAGGCUGUAAAUAAUCAGGUUAAUCUGGAAACCAUUACAUGUUGGUCAAUGAUUUACGAGCCUAAUCCUUAGGAGUGCCCAUUUUAAUUCGAGAUCGUGAUAUGGACAUGGAAAAAGUCAGGUGCGUUAAUGAGAUGCCACAAGGUGCUUGGAGAGACGCUCGCGCUGCAGGCUCUGCGGCUCGCUGAUGCCUUGGCACACUUCACGCGCGUCAAUGACGCUAGCUCCGUGGUUAAAGCUUUCACGGCUCGUCCUGCUGACUGCGUGUCUUUCCUCGUGGCUGGUGGUCCAGGGAUGCGGGCCGGGCCCCGGCUAUGGCAACCGCCCGAGGCAGCGCAAGCUGACUCCAAUGUCGUACAAGCAAUACGUACCUAGUGUCUCUGAGAAUAAUCUGGGUGCGAGCGGAAGAGCGGAGGGCAGGAUCACGCGCAUUUCUGAGCGCUUCAAUGAGCUGGUGUGCAACUACAACACUGACAUUGACUUCAAAGACGAGGAGCAUACCAAAGCCGACCGGUUCAUGACCAAGCGUUGCAAGGACUGCCUUAAUAAAUUGGCCAUAGCAGUGAUGAACCAGUGGCCUGGGGUCCGACUGCGAGUAACAGAGGCCUGGGAUGAGGAUGGGCAUCACCCCCCUGGUUCUUUGCAUUAUGAGGGCCGUGCUGUCGACAUCACCACCUCAGACCGGGACACCAAGAAAUAUGGCCUUCUUGCACAGUUGGCAGUGGAGGCUGGAUUUGACUGGGUGCACUACGAAUCCAAGUAUCACGUGCACUGCUCUGUCAAAGCUGAUAAAUCUGUAGCAGUGGAGAAAGGGGGCUGCUUUUCAGGAUCAGGACUUGUUACAGUGGCUGGGGGUGCGCAAAAGCCUAUGUCAUGUUUGCUGCCUGGAGAGAAGGUGCUUUCAUUGUCUGGGUCAGGUGAAAUUGUUCUCAGCCGUGUACUUCUCUUUCUACAUCGAGAUAGCGAGAGCAGAUCCACUUUUCUCAUUUUUGGCACAGAAAAUGGACAACAAAUGGCACUUACUCCCAACCAUCUCAUAUUUGUGACUUCAAGUUUCAAGCUGCACCACGAGUAUCAUGCUGUAUUUGCCAGAAGAGUUAGGAUUGGGGACUAUAUACUUACUACUGGAGGGGAUAGAGGAAUUCGGCCAUCCAAGGUAGUCUCUAUUUUAUUGGAGGAGAGGAUGGGGGUUUAUGCCCCUUUGACAGAACAUGGGAAUUUAUUUGUGGAUGGCGUGCUGGCUUCCAACUACGCUUUUGUUGAGGAUCACAGACUCGCACACUGGGCAUUUUGGCCAUUGCGCCUCCUGUUUGGCUUUUCCCAUUUAGAGAUGGAAGAGAACUCACAAACAAUGUUACUUAAAAGCAGUCCCAAGGUCUCUAUCUGUUCCACAGUUCUGACCUUCUUCACAAAUGUGAUUCACAAUAGUUCAGGCAUGUCUUCCAGCACAUGCAGCAAAUUCCAAGAUGCCACAGAUGCAAUGGAAAAUGAACACAGUAUUUUGCAACACUGUGAUUGGGCAGAUGGCCCAAAAAAGGUUUACUGGUAUGCAAGGCUUUUGCACACAUUAGGACAAAUAUUUCUUGACCCUCAGAAGUUUUACUGAUGGGCAAAACAGAAUAUGUGGGCUUAAUACCAACUACACCUGUCUGUGAGGGCUAUAAAACCCUUUGUCUUUCAGAAAUUAUAUUUUUUAAACUACUGACCAAAACAUAAAUGCAACAGGCACUAAAGUUUGUAUAAUUAAACACCAAAUAUAACACGAGUUACAAUUAUUUCACUCUUUAGAAUGUUAUUUUUGUUGUCACUAAGCAUACAUGUGAAAUAUUGUGUAACUUAAAAACUGUAUUUUUUUUUCCAAAAAUGAACAAGAUCUCAUUAAUAUAAUCUCCGUAUAGAUCAUUUUGAGAUUCAAAAUGCAAAUUUGUAUUCUGUUGUUUGUCAAGAAAAUAUUUUCAAAGAGUAAUAAAUA